AUUCGUCAAAGCAACCACUCGAAAGAGGCUUUCCUUAUCACCAAAAGGGCGGAGACUAGACAUAUUAAGAUAUGGUUCUCCAAACCCUCCUCCUCUUCUCCCUCCUCCUCUUCUCAACUGAAGCAGCAGUCCAGGACUUCUGCGUCGGGGACCUAGCAGCCCCGGAGAGUCCAGCAGGCUACUCAUGCAAGCCCGCCGCUAAGGUCACGGUGAAUGAUUUUGUCUACUCGGGCCUUGGUGCGAUGGGCAACACCUCGAACCUGAUAAAAGCAGCCGUCACCCCAGCAUUCUCGGCCCAGUUCCCGGGCCUUAAUGGGCUAGGCUUGUCGAUAGCCCGCCUAGACCUAGCACCUGGCGGGGUCAUCCCAAUGCACACCCACCCCGGUGGUUCAGAGGUCCUGCUGGUGAUCCAGGGCACCAUCUGCGCAGGGUUCAUCUCAUCGUCAGCCAACAAGGUCUACUUCAAGAACCUCAACAAGGGUGACAUUAUGGUGUUCCCUCAAGGACUACUGCACUUCCAGAUAAAUUCCGGUAAGGGCCCCUCGUUGGCCGUCGUGAGCUUCAGCAGCCCGAGUCCGGGACUUCAGAUAACAGACUUCGCACUGUUCGCCAACGACUUGCCCACCGAGUUGGUGGCAGCUACAACUUUCCUCGACGUAGCGCAGAUCAAGAAGCUCAAGGGCGUUCUUGGCGGCACCAACUGAGGUCUCGAAAUUCUUAUGCAUUGCACAUUGAACAACUGAGCCACUUGUAAAAGAAUCUCUAAAGAAGGGAAAAAGAUGAAUCUUGGUCUCUAGUCGCCUUUUCUUUCUUGUAACCUGUUAGUCCAGUUCGAGUCUUCGAUGUGUGUAGUGGAUGAGUCUAUUCUAAUUGAAGUUUAAAUAAAUGGAGUACCUAGAAAAACUUUUUCAAGUAAUCUGUAUCGGUGCUCCAAUGAUUAAAGGCACGUCAUUUCAGAGA